AACUGUUUUCCUCUCUCUCGUGGGAGAUUAAAUACAAAGUCAGGAUGCUAGAUGAGAUUUAGAUCCAGUCAGAUAGAGCAUGUGACUCUUCAGCAGUCUUUAUUCCAUUAUUAUUCCAGAUGGAGAUGUUUUUAGAAGGAUGGUGCACUGAUACAGUAGUUCAUUAAUAAUCCACCACUUUGUGAUCCUCUGUUCAUGACUUGUGCUUUAUUGGACCUCUGGACUGGACAUCAUGAUGCUCCUAUGUGUGUGUGCUUGGUAAGUGAAUAAGCCUGCCAGAGACUGUGUCCUCAUCUCAUGUGCACGAGGGUGCACAACUGAUUAUUGUGGAACCAUGGGGAACGCUUCAGGUGGCAUGGAGGUGUCGCCCAGGCGAGAAGUGAAAGGGGCCCUCGGGCACUUGAAACAACCUCCUGGACCAAAACUGCCCCUGCCUUCAGAGGAGGAGCUGGAGGAAAGGUUCACCUCGGUCCUGAACUCCAUGAACCUGCCUCCUGAUAAAGUGAAACUGCUCCUCCAGUAUGACAGCGAGAAGAAGUGGGAGUUAAUCUGUGACCAGGAGCGCUUUCAGGUAAAGAAUCCACCAUCAGCCUACGUACAGAAACUCAAGAGCUUUUUAGAGCAAGGAGGCAGCAGGAAGUUUAAGAGGCGUGUACAAGAGGCAACGCAAGUCCUGAGAGAGCUUGAAAUAUCCUUAAGGACCAAUCAUAUUGGCUGGGCUCAGGAAUUUCUCAGUGAGGAGAACAAGGGGUUGGAUGUUCUAGUCGAGUACCUGUCCUUUGCCCAGCGUGCUGUGCCGUAUGACUUGGACUGCGUGGAUAAUGGGAGCUUUGAAGAGAAAUCGGCAGAAGACGGGACGUCAAGUGCCACCAACUCCCCUACCCACAAUUCCUCACACACCAACCGUUCCUCCACAGCACGAUUGAACUCUUUCCACAACAGGAAGGCUCUGAGGAACUCGCGCCUGCUCAGUCAGAAGGACCAUCUGCACCUCUGCAUCAUGUGCCUCCGGGCCAUCAUGAACUAUCAGUCAGGGUUUAAUCAGGUCAUGAGCCACCCGAACUGUGUCAAUGAGAUCACACUGAGCCUCAACACCAAUAAUGCCAGAACUAAAGCCUUGGUCCUGGAGCUGUUGGCUGCUGUGUGUUUUGUCCGAGGAGGUCACGACAUCAUCCUCUCAGCUUUCAACAACUUUAAAGAGGUGUGCGGGGAGAAGAGUCGCUUUGAAAAGCUGAUGGCCUACUUCUGUAACGAGGACAACAACAUCGACUUCAUGGUGGCGUGCAUGCAGUUCAUCAAUAUUGUCGUGCAUUCUGUCGAAAACAUGAACUUCAGAGUUCACCUACAGUACGAGUUCACACAGCUGGGGCUGGACAAUUACCUGGAGACGUUAAAAAUGAGUGAGAGUGAGAGAUUACAGGUCCAGGUCCAUGCGUAUCUGGACAACUUGUUUGAUGUUGGAGCCCUGCUGGAGGACACAGAGACCAAAAACACCUUACUGGAGCACCUAGAGGAAGUCCAACAGAACAACGCUGAGUUGAGCAGCAGGUUGCAGGAGUGUGAGAAUGCAGCAAUGGAGAAAGUGUCAGACCUGGAGAGACAGCUCAUCCAUAGCACUAAGGAAGUGGAACUCCUAAAGGAGAGCCUCCGGGAAUCAUGCACACAGAUCUCCACCCUGCAGCAGCGAGAGCAAGAACGAGAGAUGGCCAGAGAGCUGGAGAAGGAGAGCGAGAGGGACCGAGAGCGCUUAUCAAGAGCACUCGAGCAAAAGGUCCAAUCACUGGUGGAGCAGGGACUCAUCCGAAUGGAGCGCUCAGAGUCUGGAUCUGUGGAACUUAACAUCAUAGACGAGGCAGGAAACGCACCACUACCCAGCACAGAUGAGAUUACUGAAGCAAACGUUCCUGAAAGUGCAUCCUGUGCACAGUCGCAACCUCCAGCUCCGCCCCCAUUGCCAGUCUCCGCCCUGCCCCCACCUCCUCCUCUUCCGCCUCCUCCACCUCUGAACACUUUUAGGACGGGUGUGAAGAAUAAGAAGCCGAUCCAGACGAAGUAUCGCAUGCCGAUUUUUAACUGGCAGACGUUAAAGGACGAGCAGGUCGCUGGAACCGUCUUCACUGAAAUGGAUGAUGAAAAUGUUUUAGCAGAAUUGGACAUGAAUGCUUUCGAGGAGCUGUUCAAGACAAAAGCUCAGGCUCCUCCCACCAGCGUCAGCACUCUGAAGAUGAAAGUGGCGCAGAAGUCUUCCAGUAAAACCUCUCUGCUGGAGCCGAACCGAGCCAAAAACCUGGCAAUCACGCUGCGCAAAGGAGGCAUGGACACCAACCAGAUCUGUACUGCCAUUGAGAUGUAUAAUCUGAAGGCACUGACUUUGGAUUUUCUGGAGCAGUUGGAGCGUUUCAUCCCAUCAGACUAUGAGCUGAAGUUGAUUGAGAAUUACGAGCGUGAUGGCUGCUCUGUGCUGGAUCUCUCUGAGGAAGACCGCUUCAUGGCCCAGUUUGGGAAAAUCCCGCGGCUCAGUCAGCGUAUCAGCACGCUCACGUUCAUGGGGAACUUCAGUGAGAGCAUCCAGCUCCUGCAGCCACAACUCAAUGCCAUCAUCGCUGCAUCCAUGUCCAUUAAAUCCUCCAGUAAACUGAAGAAGAUUCUGGAAAUCAUUCUUGCCUUUGGGAACUACAUGAACAGCGGGAAGAGGGGUACCGUGUACGGCUUUCACCUCCAGAGUCUUGAUCAGCUGCUAGACACAAAGUCAACAGAUCGCAGACAGACGCUGCUCCACUUCCUCGUCAGCAUCAUCCAAGAGAAAUUUCCACAUCUACAUACCUUUCAUACUGAGCUGCACUUUAUGGACAAAGCAGUAAUGGUGUCUCUAGACAGCAUUUUAUUAGAUGUGCUUGCACUGGAGAGAGGAUUCGAAGCAACCCAGAAGGAAUUUGAGGAACAGAAAGACAACUCAAUCUUGAAUGACUUCCUGUCCAACAAUAGCACUCUGAUGGACGCUGUGGUUAAAGACGCCAAAACCGCCCAGGAGGUGUAUGAAUCAGUCGUGGAGUACUUUGGAGAGAAUCCCAAAACCACUCCACCGUCGAUGUUCUUCCUGAUCUUCAUUCGGUUCAUUAAAGCUUAUAAGAUGGCUGAACAGGAGAACGAGCAAAGGAAGAGAGAGAGUUUUGUCGGAGCUGAUGAGAGCAGAGAGACAGCUACAUUGGACGAAGGCAAAAUAGGAAGCAAGAGGCCCAUGACGCCACGCUUGGCACAGGUGGACCUGAUAGCGGAGCUGAAGCGAAGACAGGUGUCUCCUCUGAUGCGUGAAGGCAAGGAUGGUACAAUUGAGGACAUCAUUACAGGUCUGAGGAAUCAGCCCUACGUAAGAGCAGACAGCGGGAGACGUAGCUACAAAUGGAAACCGGCACAAAAGCUACAAGUGUCUUCAGAUAUCUCUCUCUAACAUGCAUAGGCCGUGUAUUCUACUUGUUUCCAUGAUGUGAAUAAUAACAGUUUAGUCAUACGAGCAAGAUGUGUCAAAUUCCUUGUAAGAGACCCACUGAUCAUUUUUACUCUUGCAUGACUUGGACUUUAACUUGCUGUAUUUAAAACUACUUCUGAUGUACAUUA